GGCGAUGUUAAAACUUGGAUCAUCUAAACCCUGGCCAGAAGCCAUGAAACAAAUAACCGGUCAAGAAAAGAUGAAUGCAGAACCACUGCUGGAAUAUUUUAAGCCUUUGCUGGACUUUCUUCGUACAGAAAAUGGCAACGACUACGGCUGGGACCCCAACUGUCCAGUCCCGUCAAAAUAA